AACAAGAAGAAUUAGAAGCAUCUAGUUCUUCACAUUACUAUUGGAAUGAUUCAGUUGUAGAAAUUUUUAAUUGGAUACAAAAUUAUCAGAAUAAAACAUUAUUAGAUAUAUCAGAAAUCAAAUUAGUUAAUGAAGAGCAGUUGUGUGGUCAAACCAACCCUAAUCAUUCACUUUGGCUAGAGUAUAGUGACCAUUUAAAAAAACAAUAUGAUAUUACAUAUUCUCAAGAACAAAAUUCUAAAAGGCAAAGUGGUGGAGCACCUGUAGUUAUAUCUUUUAGAAUUGAACUUGAUGAUAUUUUGGAUGAAAAUAGGAUUAUAUUCAAACCAGUUACUCUUAUUUCUUCAGCAAGUACUGAAAAUACUAAUAUUACUAUUAAUAGACAAACUAAAAAAUGUUCAUUACCAGUAACUUCAACUGAUACAUCAACCUUGAUAGAAUCAAAAAUAGGAAAACAAAAAGCCAAAGAAAAAGCUAGAAGAGAUGAAGAAAGAUGCAAAUUAAUAUCACUUCUUAUCAAUAGACAACUUCAAAAUUCUGGUACUUUAUAUAUAACCAACACUUUAUCACCUGUACUUAAUUACAUAUUUCAAAAUUCCCCUUAA